AGCGGCGGUGGCAGCACAAGAAGCCACGAAGAAGACAACCAAAACAACUCUAGCUUUAACAGCUGAGCACAGGACGCGGAACAUGACCCAAAAGUCACCAAAACCGAUGUCUGAAUAUCUCCCGUCUGGGGGAAAACAUCCGUGAUCAUCGGCCGAGUUUUUAAGGACAACUCUCGGGUGAUGUUAACGCGUGGAAAUUGCUCUUUGUCACUGUUGUUAGCCGCUUAGCUGAAUGAAAGUUGCUCCAUGUCGACCUGUGGGCCGGACAUGACCAUAUAAGGACUGCCACUGCUCUGUGGUGGCAUGUAAUCGCUGCGCAUGUAAACAACAACAAAAACAGCGAGGGUAGGAGUGAAAACUCUAAACUUGUGCCAACAUGUCUUCAGACCAGAUGAUCGCCAUCGUCAUGGAGGACAAGAUCUACGAGGUGGACAAGAAGAAGCUGAUCGAGAAGAGCGACUACUUCCGGGCGCUGUACAGCUCCGGCAUGAAGGAGUCCACGGAGGACUCCGUGCAGCUGCGGGGCCUCAGCGUCCCCGGCCUGGAGCUGGUCUUGGACUUCAUCAACACCUCCAAGGUGGAGGUCGCCAACGAGACCCUGGAGGAUCUGAUCGAGACCGCGUCCUUCCUGCAGGUCACCGCCAUCCUCAAGCUCCUCGCCGCCGAGAUCCGGCUGGAGAACUGCGUGGAGCUCUACGGCCUCUCCGAGGUCUACGGCGCGCACGAGCUGCACCGCGCCUGCCUCAAGUACAUGAGCUGCCACUAUCACCCCGUGAUGAGGCGGCCCGAGUUCGGCCGCCUGCCCCGCGCCGUCAGGGACCAGGUGAGGGAGAUGCGCAUGAAGGGCAGCGCCACCCUGGUGGUCAUCGGGGACUUCACCUGCCUCUGCCUGGACGUGCUGGACCACGGCGAGGCCUGGUCCAUGCUGAGGUACGGCGAGGCGGAGCAGCGCUGGAAGCCUUUGGCCAACAACUUGCCUCCGGACAUGAUCAACGUCAGAGGCUACGGCUCGGCCGUCCUGGACAACUACCUCUUCGUCGUCGGGGGUUACAGGACCACCAGCCAGGAGAUCUCCGCUGUGCACUGCUACAACCCCUGCAGGAACGAGUGGAACCAGGUGGCGCCGCUCAACCAAAAAAGGUCCAACUUCAAGCUGCUGGCGGUCCAGGGGAAGCUGUACGCGGUGGGGGGCCAGUGUUUGGGCACGGUGGAGUGUUACAGCCCCGAGAACGACUUCUGGACUUGCGUGACGUCCAUGCCGGACCCGCUGUCCGAGUUCUCCGCCUGCGAGUGCCAGGGGAUGAUCUACAUCAUGGGUGGAUACACCGCACGAGACAGGAACACCAAACUCCUCCGCUACUGCCCCGCCUCCGACACCUGGGCGGCGUUCCGACCGUGCUCGGCGCACGUCCGCAAACAGCAGAUGCUCUCGGUGGAGGACAUCAUCUACCUGGUGGGGGGCUACACCCACGAACUGGGGCCGCAGCUCCAGCAGCAGCAGCGGCGCCUCAGCCAGACGGAGGACGUGCUCACCGUGCAGUCCUACAACGUGACCACGGGCGAGUGGCUCCUCCUGAAGGAGAACACGUCCAAGUCGGGUCUGAAUCUGACCUGCGCGCUGCACAACGACGGCAUCUACGUCAUGAGCCGCGACGUGGGCCUGACCACCAGCUCGGAGCACCGCGUCUUCCUCAAGUACAACAUCUUCUCCGACGCCUGGGAGGCCUUCAGGCGCUUCCCGGCGCUGGGACAGAACAUGCUGCUGUGCUCGCUGUACCUCCCCAACGUGCUCUGACGGAGGGAGAACCGCAGGGAACACGAGCCGGGGCCGCGCGGUGCCAACGCAGGCCAGCGGGUGGCGGGCUUGCGCCUCGUACGUAGCACUCCAAACCAAACCAACUACUUUAAGGCCUACUGAAAGCCACUACGACCGACCACGCAGUCUGAUAGUUUAUGUAUCAAUGAUGAAAUAUUAACAUUGCAACACAUGCCAAUACUUAGUUUACUAAAAUGCAAUUUUAAAUUUCACGCCAAACUAUCCUGCUGAAACGUCGCAGUAUGAUGACGCGUGCGCGUUACGUCACGCAUUGUAGAGGACAUUUUGUUCCAGCGCCGUUCACAGCUAUAAGUCGUCUGUUUACAUCGCAUAAUUCCACAGUAUUCUGGACAUCUGUGUUGCCGAAUCUUUUGCCAUUUGUUCAAUGAAUAAUGGAGACGUCAAAGAAGAAAGCUGUAGGUGGGAAGCGGUGUAUUGCGGCCGGCUUUAGCAACACAAACACAGCCAGUGUUCCGACAUCUCUGUUUUUAAAGGCCUACUCAAAGCCACUACUAACGGCCGGGUUAGUUUAUUAAAUUGCAAUUUUAAAUUUCGCGCCAAACUAUCCUGCUGAAACGUCGCGGUGUGAUGAGGUGUGCACGUGACGUCACGCAUUGUAGAGGACGUUUUGUUCCAGCACCGUUCACAGCUAUAAGUCGUCUGUUUACAUCGCAUAAUUCCACAGUAUUCUGGACUUCUGUGUUGCUGAUACUUUUGCAAUUUGUUCAAUGAAUAAUGGAGACGUCAAAGAAGAAAGCUGUAGGUGGGAAGCGGUGUAUUGCGGCCGGCUUUAGCAACACAAACACAGCCAGUGUUCCGACAUCUCUGUUUUUAAAGGCCUACUCAAAGCCACUACUAGCGACCACGCAGUCUGAUAGUUUAUAUAUCAAUGAUGAAAUAUUAACAUUGCAACACAUGCCAAUACGGCCUUUUUAGUUUACUAAAUUGCAAUUUUAAAUUUCGCGCCGAACUAUCCUGCUUAAACGUCGCGUUAUGAUGACGCGUGCGCGUGACGUCACACAUUGUAGAGGACGUUUUGUUCCAGCACCGUUCAUAGCUAUAAGUCGUCUGUUUACAUCGCAUAAUUCCACAGUAUUCUGGACAUCUGUGUUGCUGAAUCUUUUGCAAUUUGUUCAAUGAAUAAUGGAGACGUCAAAGAAGAAAGCUGUAGUUGGGAAGCGGUGUAUUGCGGCCGCCUUUAGCAACACAAACACAGCCGGUGUUUCAUUGUUUACAUUCCCGAAGGUGAAGCUUUACUAUGGAACAAAGCGGUCAAGCAAACACGGUUGGAUUGGACCACACACACAAAGUACAGUGUAUUAUGCAGCGAUUAUUUCAAAAGAUUGUGUUUCUAACCCUUGCGAAGGGCAGAGAUGGGCAUCGCCACCACCUGUCGACUGGUGCUGAAGAAAAGUGCGGGACCGACCUUCAGGUUGUACAGGUACGACCAUAUAAUCUCACUAAAACACUAGUAACACAAUAAGCAGAUAAGGGAUUUUCCAGAAUGAUCCUAGUAAAUUUGUCUAAUAAUCUCCGAAUCGCUUUUUUUUCUUUUUUCUAGUCCUUCACUCUCACUUUCCUCAUCCACAAAUCUUUCAUCCUCGCUGAAAUUAAUGAGGGAAUCGUCGCUUUCUCGGUCCGAAUCGCUCUCGCUGCUGGUGGCCAUGAUUGUAAACAAUGUUCAGAUGUGAGGAGCUCCACAACCCGUGACGUCACGCGCACAUCGUCUGCUACUUCCUGUACAGGCAAGGCUUUUUUAUUAGCGACCAAAAGUUGCAAACUUUAUGGUUGAUGUUCUCUACUAAAUCCUAUGGCAAUAUGGCGAAAUGCUCAAGUAUGACACAUAGAAUGGACCUGCUAUCCUCGUUUAAAUAAGAAAAUCUCAUUUCAGUAGGCCUUUGGCAGGAGUCUCCUUUGCUUUGGCAUCGAUUGGAUUCUCUUUGCCUAAAAUAAAGCAACAUUCCAUCAUGCUAAAGUCUAAAUGUAGGAAAACCGCUUUGGUUUUACCCAUCAACCAUUCACACAUAUGGUUUUCUACACCAAAAUUCAUCCAUUUCUACUUCUUCUUCUUCUCCAGAUUUUGGCAAACUCUACCUUUCACAUUUUUCAUCCGAUUCAAACCGUUCCAACUUCAAACUGUUCAGCCUAUUCGGGAAUGGCGGGCUUUCCCUUGACAAAUUCCAAAAAUUCCCAAAUUUUCCAGAAUUCCUGUUUUUCCGGAACAUUUUUUCCAUUCAAAAUGAAUUGGCCAUUUUUCAAACUUCUACCAUUUCCACAUUUUUCAUCCCAUUCAAACCAUUCCAACUUCAAAUUGUUCAGCUUGUUUGAGAAUGGCGGGCUUUCCCUUGACAAAAUUCCAAAAAUUCCCUAAUUUUCCAAAUUUCCUGGUUUUCCAGGACAUUUUUUCCAUUCAAAAUGAAUUGGCCAUUUUUCAAACUUCCACCAUUUCCACAUUUUUCAUCCGAUUCAGACCAUUCCAACUUCAGACUGUUCAGCCUCUUUGGGAAUCGCGGGCUUUCCCUUGACAAAUUCCAAAAAUUCCCAAAUUUUCCAAAUUUCCUGGUUUUCCAGGACAUUUUUUCCAUUCAAAAGGAAUUGGCCAUUUUUCAAACUUCCACCAUUUCCACAUUUUUCAUCCCAUUCAAACCAUUCCAACUUCAAACUGUUCAGCCUAAUCGUGAAUCGCGGGCUUUCCCUUGACAAAUUCCAAAAAUUACCAGUUUUUCCAGAAUUCCCUUUUUUUCAUUCAUUUUCUCUAUUCAAAAUGAAUUGGCCAUUUUUCAAACUUCUACCAUUUCCAUAUUUUUCAACCAGUUCAAACCAUUCCAACUUCAAACUGUUUUUGGGAAUCACUUGCUUUCCCUUGACAAAAUUCUCAGAUUUUCCAGAAUUCCUGUUUUUCCAGGACAUUUUUCAAACUUCCACCAUUUCCACAUUUUUCAUCCCAUUCAAACCAUUCCAACUUCAAAUUGUUCAGCGUAUUUGAGAAUGGCGGGCUUUCCCUUGACAAAAUUCCAAAAAUUCCAUAAUUUUCCAAAUUUCCUGGUUUUCCAGGACAUUUUUCCCAAACUGUUUUCGGGAAUCACUUGCUUUCCCUUGACAAAAUUCUCAGAUUUUCCAGAAUUCCUGUUUUUCCAGGACAUUUUUCAAACUUCCACCAUUUCCACAUUUUUCAUCCCAUUCAAACCAUUCCAACUUCAAAUUGUUCAGCGUAUUUGAGAAUGGCGGGCUUUCCCUUGACAAAAUUCCAAAAAUUCCCUAAUUUUCCAAAUUUCCUGGUUUUCCAGGACAUUUUUUCCAUUCAAAAUGAAUUGGUCAUUUUUCAAACUUCCACCAUUUCCACAUUUUUCAUCCGAUUCAAACCGUUCCAACUUCAAACCGUUCCAACUUCAAACUGUUCAGCCUAAUCGGGAAACGCGGGCUUUCCCUUGACAAAUUCCAAAAAUUCCCAGUUUUUCCAGAAUUCCUGGUUUUUCAUUCAUUUUCUCUAUUCAAAAUGAAUUGGCCAUUUUUCAAACUUCUACCAUUUCCAUAUUUUUCAACCAGUUCAAACCAUUCCAACUUCAAACUGUUUUUGGGAAUCACUUGCUUUCCCUUGACAAAAUUCUCAGAUUUUCCUGAAUUCCUGUUCUUCCAAGACAUUUUUUCCAUUCAAAAUGAAUUGGCCAUUUUUCAAACUUCCACCAUUUUCACAUUUUUCAUCCCAUUUAAACCAUUCCAACUUCAAAUUGUUCAGCUUGUUUGGGAAUGGCGGGUUUCCCUUGACAAAAUUCCCAAAAUUCCCAGAUUUUCCAAAUUUCCUGGUUUUCCAGGACAUUUAUUCCAUUCAAAAUGAAUUGGCCAUUUUUCAAACUUCCACCAUUUCCACAUUUUUCAUCCGAUUCAGACCAUUCCAACUCCAGACUGUUCAGCCUCUUCAGGAAUCGCGGGGUUUCCCUUGACAAAUUCCCCAAAUUCCCAUUUUUUUUUAGAAUUUUAGGUUUUCUGGAACAUUUUUCCUAUUCAAAAUUAAUUGGCCAAUUUUCAAACUUCUACCAUUUCCAUAUUUUUCAACCAGUUCAAACCAUUCCAACUUCAAACUUUUUUGGGGAAUCACUUGCUUUCCCUUGACCAAAUUCUCAGAUUUUCCAGAAUUCCUGUUUUUCCAAGACAUUUUUUCCAUUCAAAAUGAAUCGGCCAUUUUUCAAACUUCCACCAUUUUCACAUUUUUCAUCCCAUUUAAACCAUUCCAACUUGAAAUUGUUCAGCUUAUUUGGGAAUGGCGGGCUUUCCCUUGACAAAAUUCCCAAAUUUCCUGGUUUUCCAGGACAUUUUUUCCAUUCAAAAUGAAUUGGCCAUUUUUCAAACGUCCACCAUUUCCACAUUUUUCAACCGAUUCAAACCAUUCCAACUUCAAACUGUUCAGCCUAUUCGGGAAUGGUGAACUUUCCCUUGAUAAAAUUCCAAAAAUUCCCAGAUUUUCCAGAAUUCCUGGUUUUCCAGGAAAUUUUUCAAUUCAAAAUGAAUCGGCCAUUUUUCAAUUGUCCACCAUUUCCACAUUUUUCAACCAAUUCAAACCAUUCCGACUUCAAUAUGUUCCGCCUAUUCGGGAAUGGCGGGCUUUCCCUUGACAAAAUUCCCAAAAAUCCCAGAUUUUCCAGAAUUUCUGGUUUUCCAGGACAUUUUUCCCAUUUAAAAUAGGCUAUUUUUCAAACUUCCACAAUUUCCACAUUUUUCAACCGAUUCAAACUAUUGCAACAUCAACACAUUCCACUCAUCCUGGACUUUCAAAGUAACACUUUCCAUAGUUCCAAACCAAAUUCUGUUUUUUGUGGAAAUUCAAACUCUUCAACAUUCAAACCAUCCCAACAUUCAAACUACAUUCUGUCAGCAUUUCACUUCAAUUUCAGCAACGUAGACUCAUCUAAUUCCUUUUGCGAUGUUACUUGCGUUUUUGAUUCCACAACAUUUCAUCGCACACGUGCCUUCUCCUUCGGGAACCGGAUCCAAGAACAGCACAGAGAAAUUGUUGUGGCACAUUGCCAGCAAAAGACUGUUUUACUUUGUUGCUUUGUGCUAAGCUGGAUUUUGUUAGAAUUUGAUUUGCUUUUCCAACAAAUUUCUACCUUUUGUUCAUAUCGAUAUUUAUGGCACUCUAAUGACAAUAAAAACUGAUGUUCAGGGGUUUCUGCAGUCAACUGAACACGAUUUAAAAAUAGGGAUGGGUACCGAAUUUGGUACUUGCAAACCCCAAAAGCAGUGAAGUUGUCAAGUUGUGAAAAUGGUAAAAAAAAGGGAAGACAAUGAACCAACCUCGUCACGUCCGUUGUGUCCUGAGCAAGACACUUCACCCUUGCUCCUGAUGGGUGCUGGUUGGCGCCUUGCAUGGCAGCUCCCUCCAUCAGUGUGUGAAUGUGUGUGUGAAUGGGUAAAUGUGGAAGUAGUGUCAAAGUGCUUUGAGUACCUUGAAGGUAGAAACGCUAUACAAGUACAACCCAUUUAUCAUUUAUCAUUUAUUUUCAAAUCCUUUUAUCCUAUUAUGUUAGAUCCACUAUGGACUGGACUCUCACUAUUAUGUUAGAUCCACUAUGGACUGGACUCACACUAUUAUGUUAGAUCCACAAUGGACUGGACUCACAAUAUUAUUUUGGAUCCACAAUGGACUGGACUCUCACUAUUAUGUUAGAUCCACUAUGGACUGGACUCUCACUAUUAUGUUAAAUCCACUAUGGACUGGACUCUCAUUAUUAUGUUAGAUCCACUAUGAACUGGACUCUCACUAUUAUGUUAGAUCCACUAUGGACUGGACUCUCACUAUUAUGUUAGAUCCACUAUGGACUGGACUCUCACAAUAUUAUGUUAAAUCCACUAUGGACUGGACUCUCACACUAUUAUGUUAAAUCCACUAUGGACUGGACUCACACUAUUAUUUUGGAUCCACAAUGGACUGGACUCUCACUAUUAUGUUAGAUCCACUAUGGACUGGAGUCUCACUAUUAUGUUAGAUCCACUAUGGACUGGACUCUCACAAUUUUAUGUUAAAUCCACUAUGGACUGGACUCUCACUAUUAUG